AUGAAUUUUACAAAUACACUUGUUGAUGUUGAUGUUGCUCGUAAUCAUACUGCAUCAUAUGUCAGACUAACCUUAAAUAUUCGAUUAAAUUCUCGUUCAAUUAUAGCUCCUACUCCUCCUAAUUUACCAAUACACGCACAAAGACAGGUCAAUCAAAGAACAGUUGUUCAACAACCUCAACAGCAAUCAACAAACAAUAAUAAUGUUUCCAUACCUCAACAAACUCAACCAUCGACAAUCUCUCAACCAAGCAUCAAACAAUUAAUACUUAAUGCUUCUACAUCAUUAGAACCAUCAUUUGAAGAACUCUAUGAAUCAAUAAGAAAGUUAAAUAAUACAAUGAAAAAUAACAUGGAUACUGGAGAAGCAACCAAGGGAACUGAAGAAAGUCAUAUUCCUUGUAGAACGUAUGUGGAAAAUAGCUCCAAUCAUGAUUGUAUUAGCAGUGCCUUGUCAAAAUCUGCUUGA